AAACAAAGGUGGCCUGCGUUAGUUCAAUUUGAAAUUUGUACAUUCAUAACAUUAUUACUCACAUUACAAUUUGGACGUCGUAAGCGCGACCAGCGUACGGGCAAAAUAAAAUGCUUUAAAAUUGUGAAAAACGUGUUUAAAAAAAAAAAUUUCAAAUAACAAUAUUAAAUUAAACGUGCAAGUUCUAUUCAAGCAAUAUAAUUUUUGAAGAAUUCCAUUCCUAACGGUGCCUUCGCCGCAGCUGACCCUGAAACAAAGUUGAGCUCAGCCCGCUUUGGAAAGCUCUUUGUUCUUCCUUUUGCUCGCGGAAGCAAAUACGCAAUUGCAACGAAUAAGGAAAAACACGCUUGCAUUUCCAUAUUUGCAGAAAACCAGUUGCACGAAAGAAACAACUUAAGAGCAGCAACAUCAAAGUGCUGCAAACGAAAAGCCAAUCAGCACAAUUCCAAUUGGAAAACCGCAAAAUUUCCAAUCAAACAAACACAAAAAUGGACGCCAAGGAGGACAACAAACAGCAGGAAGCUCGGAACACGGAUGUGCCAAUGCGCACGGACAGCGAGAGCUCCACGGACAGCACGAUGCGCUUUGUGCUGCCCAGCCUCGAUGGCAGUCCGCCGAAGGUGGUCACCAUGGACGAGGUGGCCGGCAUGCUGAAGGAUCUCAAGAACAUGGAGCUGGCGCAUGAGAUAGCACUUAAUCCGGAGUUCAAGCUGCAGCCAUACGAGCCGCCUCUAGACAGCCUAGAGGGUCGCAUCAAGGCCAUGGUGCACAAGGCCUUUUGGAAUUUGCUGCGCGAGCAACUGGAACGUGAUCCGCCCUCCUAUGAUCAGGCCAUACGGCUGCUGGGCGAGAUCAAGGAGGAUUUUCCGCAGCUGCUCUCGCCGAACAAUGCGAAUGCCCUGAGCCGCAUCAAUGCAACCCUGGACGAGGCUCUAAUCCGGCAGCAGGCGGAGCAAGGCACCCUCGACUUUCGAUCAUACGCCAAUUUUGUCAUCCAGCUGCUGGCGAGCAUGUGCGCGCCGGCACGCGACGAGACGGUGGCCAAGCUGCGCGAAAUCGACGAUGUUAUCGAUACAUUCCGGGGCAUCCUGGAGACCAUGUCCCUGAUGAAGCUGGACAUGGCCAACUUUAUGGUGUCCGCGGCACGCAACGAUAUUGCGGCCAACUCUGUCGAAUAUGAGAAGCGAAAGUUUAGCACAUAUUUGCGCGAAUUUCACGGAAGUGUUGGCUUUCCGGCCACUGAGGAUUGGCUGCAGCGACAUCGCGCCGGCUGCAGCAGCAAUGAUGACAUCAUCUUCAGUGCGUUCAGGCAGCUGCUCAACUAUCCGGCGGACAAGGAGUUUCCGGAGCUGUUGAGCAUCGAUAAGGAACGCUUCGGCGGACUCAGCUGGCGUGGCCAGCGGCUCAUUCUAUGCGCCUCGCUCAUCUCGAUAGCACAGGGCGUGCCGGUCAUAUCGCAGCGACGCGAAAAUCGGAUCAAGCUGGCCCAGCAGCUGGACAUACUGGUCCAGGACGUCAAGCAGCAGGACCAACUGAGCGCCGCCCUCGACGGCUGCUACGAGCAGAUACGCGCCUUCAUUAACAAAGCGCUGGAAAUCGAGCAGCUGCCUCCGCUCAGCGAGCCGCAGCAGGCGCAGAUCCAGAGCCAAGUCCAGCAACUGGUCAACAAGACGUCGCCCGUGCGCACUCUCAUGGCCAACCGCCUGGAUGGCUUUGUGCGCGUCGCGCUGCGCUCGAACGGCAACAUACCGCCGCCGCCCGCCGGCUUUGCUGACUUUGAGGAGGAGCUGGUCGCCUUUAUAGCCUCGUUUCGACGUCUGGUCGGCUACAAUCACGCCGUCUUUGGCGAAUACUUUACGCAGCUGCUCAAUGGCAAGCAGCCCGCGCUCGAUGCCAACAAUGCCGCCGCCGCCAGCAGCAGCAGCAGCAACAGCAGCAGCAGCAACAGCAGCAGCAACAGCAGCAGCAGCAGCAACAACAAUAGCCUGGCAGCGACUUCUGCUGGCCUGGCCCAAACGGCCAAGCCUUAGAGCGAGCCAGCAAUAGAAGAGCGAGCGAGAGCGAGAGAGAGUGCGUUGGAAGCGCAAAUGUUGAUGCAUUAACUAGCUAAAGCCCAAAAUCCACUCGCGAAAACGAGCCACAACAACAACAACAACAGCAGCAGAAAACAACAACAACGAGAACAACAUUUGUUAUGACUCGCUAAACUCUGGCACAAAUCCUGCGCAAGUCCU